AUGGAAUCUCAAGAGACUGACGAUCAGUCUCUGAAGGUCCCGGGGCAGAACUCCGAAGGCGCAUCUCUUACACGAUCAACGAGCACGGCAGACAGCUCUCUCUUUGACGCGUCGAGUCAAGCGCCAUCAUCGCAAUCAUCUGACCUACCUGAUACGGGCGGAACGUCGGAUGCCAAAGAACAAAAGCAAGAUACGGUACAGGAAGCGCCACAAAAAGAUGCUGAACUAAAUGAAAAGUCUGCGGAGCCUGCGCCUUCGGACGCUGGGAGUCAAAAGAGCAGGAGAUCGCGCCAGGCCGAAUCAGAGAAUGCAGACGACUCGGACACCUCAGAGGAGUCCGAGGCUAACCCAUAUUACAAUGAUUACACGACGAAGGACAUAGCUAGCCAGCUUGAUUCUAAGGGCCUAUACGAAGCAUAUGUCAUGAAACUACAGCGGCAGGAUGAGAAGUCAAAGAAACCCAAGAAAGAAAAGAGCUCUCGGCUAGUAAGGAGCUUCGUAGAUUAUGUUCGGCUUCUAGAAGAGCGUAUUGAGCAGCUGGAAAACAAAGUUGGCAAGGCUGAUGGUCCAGCUCCAGAGGAAGAAGAUCAGCCAAAUGAGCAAGGGUCAACAGUUGCUGAAGAGACUACCGAUGAGGCUAAGCCUGCUGAUGCUGAGGACACCGAAGCUGCCUCCGGCGAAAGAUGGGCAGAUGUGGCCCUUGAAACGAAGUUCUUCCAGGCUGACAAUGAAUUUGACGCCGAGGGCGGAUACGUCUGGGGGAAUAUCCGGAAGAAAGGCACAUAUCAAUGCAAUGAGGAUCCGAAGGUUCUCAUUCGAGUUCUUUACAAUUGGGCCGAGGACGUCGCUGAGAAACCCCCAACGCUCACUGAAGGAGAGACACCAAAUCCAAAGCAUAUCGAUCCUCUUGCCAUUGGGGUUACAUCCGAGCCCAUUUCUACCUUCUUCUCCAAACAGCUUGAUCUCGACGUCGACAGUAACAACCUAGUCCGGUUCUCGAAACCCUUUCGACCUCUUCUAAGGAACUUGCAACCACUUAGAGAGCAACUGGUUAAACUCGAAGGAAUGUUUGAGACCGAUGAAGACGAGCCGCAAUCUGCAGUACCUACAUCUGUUGAAAGUGUUGAAAAGAAAGAAGACGAUAAAGAAGCAGAAGAGCAACCCACUGAGGGCGAUGCACUACCAUUUCCUCCAGAAGAGAAUGAGCAGGAUAUCGAGCCAUUCGACCGCAAAGAAGCCAUAGAGCAUUUCCGUAUCCUCAUCCAAUGGAUCGAGAAGUAUCUCAAGAAAGCGCUUGAUCUUCUAGAGCGAUUCAAAACUGGUAGGGAGGAGAAGGUAGCAUUUGAGAACCUGUGGAUGUUGUUCGAAUCCGGCGACACAGUUUACUCGCAUUUCCAAGAAGGCGGGCAGGUCUUAGAGAACGACGUCGGCGACAUUCACAUAAAGAAAAGGCGAGAUGUUCCGCAGGCGUAUCGCAUCAGCAGUGCGGUCAUCGUCGACUUCAAACUGGCAUACCAAGAAUACAAGCAACAGUUCCCUGAGCCAGACGAAGUCGUGCCGAAAUUCUCCUCCUUGACUAGUUAUUGGCAGAACAUCAGAGAGCGCCAAGUCAUCGAAAUGUAUCGAUGCUCAUGUGCAAUUCUUUGGUGCCAUAGCACCGAUUGCACUUGGGAUCAGUAUGCUGACCAGCAAAAGAAGCAUCGAGAUAAAGUGGAGUCGAACAUGAAGCUUCUCCUAGAGGAGUACGAAAUCGAAAAGUCAGACCAGAAUGAUGGCAUGAGGAAAUUUAAGCAAUAUAUGGAAGAAAAGGAUCUCAUCCGUAUUCUACCUGGCGUCGUUCCGGGAUUUGCUCUCAGAAAUAGGAAAUGGGGCAAGGGCUGUAUCAUUCUACUUCAUGGUGCACCAGGCGUAGGAAAGACGUCUACUGCUGAGUGUGUCGCCACUUACACUGAACGGCCAUUGUAUCCAAUCACAUGUGGUGAUAUUGGUUAUGUGCCUGAAGAUGUCGAAGACAAUAUGGAGAAGCACUUCAAGCUAGCACACAAAUGGGGAUGUGUACUUUUGCUUGAUGAAGCUGAUGUCUUCCUUGCGAAGCGCAACAAAGAAGAUAUUAAGAGGAAUGGCUUAGUAUCAGUCUUCCUACGCAUCCUCGAAUACUACUCCGGUAUCCUCUUCCUCACGACGAAUCGAGUCGGCACUAUCGACGACGCAUUCCGUUCACGACUGCAUUUGACACUCUAUUACCCCAAGCUCGACGAGGAGCAAACAAUCAAGAUCUGGAAGAAGAAUUUGGACCGUAUGAAGACCAUUAACGAGGAGCGCAUAAAGAAUGGUCGUCUCGAAGUGAAGUUCAACAAGAAAAAGAUCCUGGCUUGGGCCAAGAAAUACUGGCGCGCACUCCAAUGGAACGGCCGACAGAUCCGCAACGCAUUCCAGACGGCAGUGGCACUCGGAGAGUUCAAGUCGCGCAAGGAGGCCAAAGGCGGGGAGACGUCUAUUAAGCCACCCGUCAUGGACGUCAAAUACUUCAAGAUCAUUGCCAAGGCCUCGAUUCAGUUCAACGAGUAUCUCCGGGAGACGCACGGUGCGGACGAGGAGAAAACUGCGAAGCGUGAUAUGAUCCGCACUGAUUAUGCCUUUGAGUCGGAUGUCAAGAUUAAAGGCUUCGACGGUAUUGUAGACUACGAUGACAGUGACGAAACAACCUCCGGCUCCGAGUCGGAUAUCUCUUCUGAUACUGAGUCAGAAGCCGAAGAUGGUAGCGACAACAAUGGAUCAGACACAGAGUCAGAGGAGUCUGAAGACGAAAAGAAGAAAAAGAAGCGCAAGGGGAAGAAAGCAAAGAAGGAAUCGACAGGCAAGUCUAAAACUUCAAAGGAAGAGAAGACAGACAAGGGUAAGUCAUCAGAUAGGAAGAAGAGAUCAUGA